AUGACGAAGAUGGCCCUAAAGUCAACUGCCACGUAUAACAUAGAACUCAUUCGAAGUGAUCUGAGACCAGAUAGGAAAACCCGUAAAGCAAGUUGCUACCGCAUCCCAAAUGUCAACGCCAAAUAUGAAGGCAGUCCCCAAAAUGAUGUGGGCAUGGAGAAAGCACCGCGGAAACAUGGAACCCCUCACCCAGCGGAAAAAGCAGGUGUCUGUCGUUCCGACCGUAACCUGCUGACAAACGAGAAUCAACCAUCGUGGUUCAAAGAGAAGUUCACCCUUGGACAUGAAGGUUGUGGCGUCGUCGUCGGCCUUGGAACAGACUUCCCUCAGGAGUCCGGUUUCGCUAUCAACGACAUCGUCGCGAUGUGCCCGGUGCCCGGGUGUGGUUCUCUCGAAUGCGAGGAGUGCAGUAACGACGUGCCGCAGUUGUGCCUCACGGGGCAUCGCAGCGGAAUUGGGAGCGACGGAUUCUUCUCAGAGUACUGCGUGGUAGAUGUACGUGCCCUUGCGCAUGUGCCUGCGGGUGUGACGCCAAGUCAGGCCGCUGUGGCGACAGAUGCGGUAACUACAGCCUACCAUGCGAUACAUAGAAGAGGCCAAAUUACUGAACGGGAUGUGGUGUUUCUGUUCGGAUUGGGCGGGUUGGGAUUCAAUGCGUUGCAGGUCAUCCAAGCGAUUGGCGCGAAGGUGCUGGUCAGUGACGUUAAGCAACAAAACCUAGAUGAAGCGGCAAGAAUUGGUGUCAAAAGGGAGGAUAUAGUACCUGUGGGGAAAAGUAUAAGGGAGUGGGUGCAGGAGAAUGGUUGGGCGGGGAAGAUAAGCGUGGUAGCGGACUUUGUGGGCAUGGCGCAGACGUUCGAUGAUGCGCAGCAUAUUGGUCAGUACGCUCGCCUCAUGUUCACACUACCAAUACUAAAUCAAUCAUCAUUAGUACGACAAGCUGGCCGAAUAGUGUGUGUUGGAACUUUGAACCACGAGAACACGGUUCAUAUGAAGCUUGCGAUCCGAAAACGAUUAGACAUAAUAUUCUCAUAUGGCGGCCAGACAAAAGAUCUCCGAGAAGCCCUAGAUCUCAUCGCAAAGGGCGUAUUGAACCCCAUGGUAACUGAUGGAAAGCUUCAGGACUUCCCCAAGGUGAUGAGAGAUCUGGAAGCGGGAAAGGUUCAAGGUCGAAUAGCGCUACUGUUUGCGUGA